AUGCUGCUCAGGGGCCGCCUGACGAUCUACCAGGCGCCGCGGCUCGUCCUGGCUGGAGGCAUCGCCUCUGCGGCCUUCAGCACCAGGGGCACGGUGCUCGCUGGCUGCGCGUGCGCCGCGGCCGUCGCGGAGUUUCCUGUGCUGGGUGCCCUCCUGGAGGCAGGAGUGGUUCGCCAGCUGCGAGCCAAUCAUCUCCCGCUCAGCGAGAGCAAGACGGUCUUCCUCGCCUCGUCGCCGCAGCUUGCAAAGGGCCUGGCGGCGGCUUGGGAGGCGCGUGGCCUCUCCUUCAAGCGGGGCCUGCAGGCGCGGAACCUGGGCACGGAUGCGAACAUCACCCGCCGGGGUGUUCACGAAGGGGCUGCUCGGGCGGUGGGCGCCCUCAGCCGUGCCAGGCGGCCGCGUGUCCUGCAAUCGGCGGGGGCUCCUGUGGUCGUGGUGCACCGUGCGGGCCCGACGGCUGCGAUGCUGUGGGGUCGGACCGUCACGGGAGUGCCCGAUGGGGAGCUGCACUCCUGGCGCCUUGCAGCGGCCAGAUCGGCUGGGAAGGCGCGCGGAGGUGCAGCGCUCGGGCUGAGGCUCAUGGCGGCGGAUGUCUCGCGGUCCUCCGACCUCGACCCCAGCCCCGCCUUGGUGCGCCAGGCGGUCCAGAUGGCGGCCAGCCUCCUGCAGUCGGGGGAGGUUCCCCUGCGGAUGUUUGCGGCCUGCUUGGCAGAGGCAGACAGGAGGCAUGCCAGCGCCUCGGCGCCGUGGGCGCAUUGCCGCACACCGGUGGACGCGCUGGUCCUCUCCCUGGACGGCCACUCCAUGGACCUCCUCCUCAUGGGCCCCCGUGAGCUUGGGCUCUUGGCGGCGGCGGGGGCGCGCAGAGCCUCCAACAGGGCCGAGCUGGCGCGCCUUGGGCACGGCGCGGCCCCCCCGAUGCCGCUGUUCUGGGAGGCGUUCUCGGAGGUCCUGGGCCCGCGCAGCAGGUUUGAUGCGCGGGAGAAGGCGGCAGUCGCGAGCUACCUCUCCAACGCUCACUGGCCGCAGACCCGCCUGCGCGCCGCUGGCGAGCGGGACCACCCGCGGUGCUGCGCCUGUGGAGCGGCGCGCGGUAGCCUCUGGCACAGGCUCUUUGAGUGCCCAGUCCUCGCUGCGGCGCGCCGCGACUCGGUCUCGGAUCGCCUUCGGAGGCGCGCCCGUCGGGCCAGGGACCGCAGCGAGGCGGCGGGCGAGAUUUUUGCUCGAGGCUGGCUGCCUGGCCCUCCUAGAGCUGCUCGGCGCACCGACGCCAUGGCUGUGAUGUGCGUCAACAGGCCUGAGGACGGGCUGCCGCGGGGCCGCCUCUUCCUGGACUGGUCGGCCAUCGACCCCGGGCACGAGAGCCUCCGCCGCGCGGGCUGGAGCAUCGCGCAGCGCGGCGCGAACGGCAACCUGGAGACCGCGGUCUACGGCACCGCCCGCCUGGACCUCUGCCCCUUCCAGACGGCCAAGGACGGCGAGGAAUUCGCGGUCUGGAUGCUGAGCCGCUUCGCGGGGCCCAACGUGGAGGAGCUCUGCGUCGACUGCGCCUCCACCGUCAGCUGCCUCAAGCUCGGCCGCCGGUGCGCGGCGGCGAUGGGCAAGCCGAGCGCGCGCCUCUUGUCAGCCACCCACGCGUCGCUCGACGUCGACGCGCUCAAGGUGGCGAAGGUGGCGGCCCACUGCAGGGCCGAGGACGUUCGCGAGGGCAGGAUCUCGGAGGCGGUCUGGCGGGGCAACUCCCACGCGGCCCACUGGGCCAAGGCGGGUGCGCACCUCCACAGGUGCAGCGCCAUCGCGAGGAGGGGGUUCUCCGGCACGAUGCUGGCGGUGCUGGAGCUCACCCGCUGGAUCGCGCAGGCCUUCAUCAUCUGGCAGGGCAUCGAGGCCAAGGACUGCCGGGGUCUCCCCGAGGCGAGCGAGAGGCGGAGCGUCUCCUUUGCGGAGCCCGCGGUGGAGCAGCAAGGCCGCCAGCAGCCAUGAGGAGGAGGAGGG